AUGUCAUUGCUCGUCGACAAGCACCGGCCCAAGAGCCUCGAUGAGCUGCAGUACCACGCACAGCUUUCCGAUCGAUUGAGGUCACUUGUACGCGCCCUUCGCGACGUUCUGCGCUGUGCUGGCAGCAUCUUCUGCGACCAUCGAGUAACCAAACUGAUUCAUGGUCUCUGAUGUCCUUGACACUCCCACUGCGCAGGCCCAGACAGAUUUCCCUCACACGCUCUUCUACGGGCCCUCGGGCGCGGGCAAGAAGACCCGCAUCAUGUGCUGCCUCAGAGAGCUGUACGGACCAGGUGUAGAAAAGGUGACUGAGAAACUCUCCCUUGUCUUGACUUGCGACUGCUUGCGGACACUCCCCUUCCGUGCGGGCCUUCUCAAUCUCCUGUGCUAAACGUCAGGUCGACCCCUUUGCUACGCCAGCUUCGAAUCGAGCAAAGGACCUUCCUGACACCGAGCAAGCGCAAGAUCGAGAUCAACAUUGUUCAAUCCAACUACCACAUUGAACUGACACCGAGGUCGGUCCCAAGAUCUGGCCCUCCAUCUCGAGCAUCUUUAUUUGACCAAAGACUUUUCGCUCCACAAGUGACGCUGGCAACUACGACCGGUCCAUCAUCCAAGAAAUCCUCAAGGAUAUUGCCCAGACGCAACAGGUCGAUUUGAACGCCAAGAAGAGGUUCAAGGGUGCGUACAAGAAAGGGAUCCACCAACCUCCCAAGGGGAUUAUGGCUGACUCCCGAGUCGAACCUGUUCUUAGUCGUCAUCAUUAACGAAGCCGACUCACUCUCUCGAGAUGCGCAAUCGGCGUUGCGUCGCACGAUGGAGAAGUUCACCGCCAACCUGCGCAUCAUCCUCUGUGCCAACUCGACCAGUCGCAUCAUUGGUCCGAUCCGUUCGAGGUGUCUGCUCCUGCGCGUCGGGGCACCGUCAGAAGAUGAGGUGAGGAAAAGGGUGCAAUGUCUCAUGGGGCGGAGACUAUGACGGAGCUGACUCAGUUUGGACGUUGUGCUCGACUAGAUCACCAAAUGCCUUGCCUACGCCGCCAAGAAGGAAAAGUUCACCCUGCCUGCCCACGUUUCGACUCUGCUCGCCCGGAUCUCGGAGGGCAACCUCCGCCGAGCGCUGCUCUCCCUCGAGGCGCUCUACGUCCAGGAUCCUUCAUUCAAGACCAUCUCCCCUUCCCACCCUUUGCUCAAAGGCCAGACCCCACGGCUCGAGGAUCUUGACUCAGUUCCGCGGCCGGAUUGGGAAAAGUACACAGCUAAGGCCGCAGAAAGGAUCCUCGGCGAGCAGACGCCGGAGCGAUUGUUGGAGGUCAGGGGGAUGCUGUACGAGUUGCUCGUGCAUUGUAUCCCCGCGCCACUGAUCAUCUCGGUGAGUUCGGGCCGUUCCACGGGUUAGAGCUGCGCUUACUUAUCGAGAUUCUUUUCGGAUGCGCAGACCCUGACGAGGAGGAUACUGGAGCGCGUCGAUGAGCCGCUAAAGGCCGACGUGGUCUACUGGGCUGCUUUCUAUGAACACCGACUGCGGUUAGGCUCCAAGGCCAUCUUCCACCUUGAAGGUGAGCCCCCGCCCUUGUCUGGCAAUGGCCCAGCUCGAAGGCGGAACCCGACUAAUCUCGAUUUUCACCCGUGUCGCAGCCUUUUGCGCCAAGAUCAUGAGCGUGUACAAGCGUGAGUCUAGCGGAUAG